UUUUCUUUUCUCAGAAUGGAAGAAACAUAUUUUAAAAUAUUUAAUCAUCAAAUUUUAAUAUGAGAGAGAGGCCCUUAAAUUUCGCAACUGACGGUUAUGGAUGGCGCUCUAAGCAGUUUAAGAGGAGUCGUCGUUGGACAUUUUCAACGUCAUGUGCUGUGUUGGAGCAAAGUCGCAAAAUCUCCACCCCAAUCAUAGCUACUAUUCACUACCUCUCUCUCACUCUCUGUUUCUCAGUCGGCAGUAGCUACUCUAACAACAAGGGAACAAUGAUCACGGAGAUGCUUUCCAGUGUAUCCAUCGGCAAAGCUUAUCCUCUUCCUCGUAGCAGCUUCUCCCCGGCUUACGCCAAACCUUUUCGACCUUCCUUCAUCUCUUGCCUUGGGAAGAAUGCAGAGAGUAAUGGCUCAUCUAGUGGACCUUCGCAGUUGGAGUUGGGAAACCAGAUUAGUGAUGAGAACACUCCACAAAUGAGGAGUGGUAAAUUAGAAGGGAAAGGCACUGGCAUUUGGCAACUUUUCAGAGAAGCUCAAGGGAAUAUCUUGUACUUGAACAGACAACGCAUCAUGGCAAUGGAAGAGCUUGAUAGAGUAAAAAGCGAGAAAAGUUCAUUGCUUGAUCGGAUCGAGCAACUAGAGAGAACAAAGCUAAUUAAUACAAGAAAAGAUAAGUUCUCAAUCAGCGCCGAGUUACUACUAAGGAUAGACUCUAUGCUUCUUACUAGUUUGAUUGAAAGCAAGGAGGCAUCAGAGUAUAGAAGGCUGGUCAUGGAUUCAAAAGUUAGUAUAGCCGAUUAUUUCUCUGAGAUUAUGCAUAAACAGGAUACCGAGCUUCUAGUAGAGCUGCGCCACUUCUUGGGGAAUAGUAGAAAGUCGGGCUACCACAUAAUCCACAUUUGUACUGAAAUGGCACCAGUGGUAUCAGUUGGAUCUUUGGCAGUAUAUGUGACCGGUUUAUCUCGUGCCUUGCAAAGAAAGGGAAAUCUGGUUGAGGUUAUCUUACCCAAGUAUGCUAGCCUAAAUUUAAAUGAAGUUCAUGGAUUCCGAGAAGUUGAAGCAGAGUUCCAUUCAUGCUUCAAUGGUCAACUGCAUGGAAACAGAAUCUGGACUGGGGUUGUCUAUGGCAUUGGAGUGACUUUCAUAGAACCUCUCAACUAUUCAUCAUUUUUCAGUCGUGAGAACAUAUAUGGCUACUCAAAUGAUUUUGAACGAUUCACCUACUUCUCUCGUGCUUCAUUGGAUUAUAUAGUUAAAGCAGGAAAGCAGCCGGAUGUGCUUCAUAUACACAACUGGGAAACAUCUAUUGUUGGUCCACUGUUUUGGGAUGUUUUUGUAAAUCAGGGACUUGAAGGUACCAGGAUACUGUUGACAUGCCAAAGCUUUGAGUCUCAGUGUAUAGAGCAACCGGAAAAGUUAGCCCUAUGUGGGCUUGAUUCUCAUGAACUACAUCGUUCUGAUCGUCUGCAAGAUAACAACAAGUCCCAUCUUGUCAAUGUUUUGAAGGCUGGAGUUGUUUACUCCAAUAAAGUUAUUAUAAUGUCAUCCAUGCAAACAAAAGGGCAGGUAAUUCAUGCUACGAGUCAUGGUCUGGAGCCCACCUUAAGCAUACACAAGGACAAGUUAGUAGUUGCUCCUCCUGUAUUUGACAGUUCAGCUUGGGAUCCUUCAGUGGAUAAGUUUCUCCCACAAAACUACAGUGCAGAUAAUAUGAAGGGGAAAUCUGUCUGCAAAGUCUCGUUGCAGCAGCAUCUGGGGUUGCUGGAGAAAGCAUCCAUUAUUCUCGUAGGUUUUACUCUGCUUGAAGAUUUUCCUACAAAAGUAGGAUGCAUCUUCCCAGACAUAUCUGAUAUUGAACUGGAGAAACUCAAGAACAUUAUUGGGACGGCUUCAAGGAGAGGUGUUCAGUUUGUCUUCAUGGGCUCAGGUCAAACUCGUGGUUUAAAUACAGCAUUGGAAUAUUUUGAGGAGGAACUCAAGGAUGAAAACAUGAGAUUCCUUAACAAAUAUGAUGAAGCUUUAGCACAUUUAGUAUUUGCGGGAUCUGACAUCAUGCUGUGCCCUUCUUUUGAUGAUACACUCCAAGUACCGCUCAAGGCCAUGAGAUAUGGAGCUAUGCCUAUUCUACUGAAUUUUCCUUACAGUAAAUUCGGGCACUUUGUGGAUCAUGAUCUUGAGGGCACCGAACUCUCUCGUUUUAUCGAAGAUACCUUCCACAAUAUGCCCCUGAACCAAGCAAUUGCUGAACUUAAGAACAACCGAUCAAAAUGGGACAAGAAGAUGGUCGAUGCCAUGACAAAGGACUUUUCGUGCGAUGCAGAGUGCUGUGACAUUCAUAUCUCUGCAUAUACAGCAAUAAAGAAUUUGUAAACUCUACAUAUUCAUGUAUUUAAAUCCGUCCAUGCUGGAUGCCUAUUACAUAGAGGAAAAAACUAUUAGAGUGCCUAUAAGAGUAAUUGAUUUAGUCAAUAGGACAGACAUAAGUGAGGGCAUUUGUCCAUUCUAACAAAUAGCUGAAUGUUCUCUUCUAAUGAACUCCUACCUAAAGAGAAUCAGAAAAUAUUAAAUGAAUAAAACAAUUAAACGGGAGGAUGUUAACGAUGUUGAAUAUUUUACG